AUGCCGCGUCCUCUGUCUAAUUUACCUGAAAGUGUCGCUUCCUUUACGCAUGAGCCAAGUUUCUAUGACUCCAAUCCCGAUUGGUAUAAUUCACAGUUUUUUCAUCGAGGUCAUCCUUCCUUAAAUCAACGGAGUCGGCGAAAUUCUAACAAUCACAUAUCAUCAGCAUCGAUGCUGAAUACUAGACCAUCUUCACAAGAUUCAUUGAAUUCUCAAUCUUUGCCACGACCAGAUGGAGCUUCAUCCAAUUUUUCGUCGUUCCCUCAUCCAAGUCAUAGACAAUCUCGAAGGUCGGUAGGUCUCUCUCGAAGCAAUGCCACUCGAAUUUCAAGAAGAAAUCUUCCUGAAUGGAUUGAAAUGCUCACUGAAAUGAAUUACGACGAAGCAUUGCCUUUACCUGCCCUUUUUUCUUCACACACGGAAAGACUAGUUGAUCGUGUCUUACGGUUGAAUCGAUAUCUGCAAGCUAACGAUCAUCGGGAUGCCAGUUUAGGUUUAUCGUCUAUAUCCCCCAGAGAUCAAAGAGCUGAGCCAGUGACUUUAAGGCCACCAUUUUCGAUUUCCCCUACUCCCCCUCUUCCCUCCGAGCGUAAUGAAUCAUCACAGUCUUUCUUUUCACAUGAAAACAAUUCACGUCCUAUUUCCCCUCAUCGCUCUUUUUCUCUCAUUAAUAAUCAACAUCAGCAUACGGUUGGACACCGUUCCGAACACAACUCUCUGAGCAGUGGUAGUUCUUCGUCAAAUGAAACAGCUUCUCAAGCUCAUCCGCUAGAGAAUUUCCGUAAUUCGUUGCAGAAUUCAGCGCUAUCAUAUCUGAACAGCUUGGCAGGUCGCGAGUUUAGUGGAAGCGGUAAUUCCUCGCGAUCUAUUUCCAGAAAUAACGUUCCAAGAAAAAACUCUUUAAAUUCUCUCUUUUCCAGGCACAAACGAUUGCAUCUACUGCGUAAAUCUCGGCGGACGAAGAAACGGGUCAGAUUUCUUUCUCCUUCUUGGUGGCUCCGCAGUGGUUCUGUUUUCCAAGGCACUCAACUAGAAGGAUGUCACUCUAUCAGUGGACUGCCUUCGACCACCAAUCCAAAGGAUCGCUGGAUUGUCGAUGUAUCUAUUCAUUUGGUGGACUACAAAAAGAUGCAACUUGAAGGUCAAUUAGAUGCUUAUCCGCAAAAUCCGGAGAGUCGUUCUUCUUCGAUUUCUACAGCCUGGAGUGGUGAAAUACUCGAUUUUUCUGAAAAUAAGAAUUUUGCUACAGAAAAAUGGGGCGCUCCCUUAGAGGUUGAUAUUUGUUUUUGGCGCAAACUAUCUCCCUUUCAAAGCAUGGAUACAGAUAUGUUCCUUGAUAUUAUCACCGAUGGUAAAAAGUUAUCUAAAGUUUGUGACAAGUAUAUUUUUAUGAGAUGGAAAGAUAUAUUAUACUUGGGAAAUCAAGUGGAUCGCUCUAACUACAAAAUCUCGGGCUUCUACUUUUGUUGUUUGUCAAGAGCAACUGGCAACGUCCAAGGAUACUAUUAUGACCCACAUAAUACUGCAUGUUCGCAACCGCUCGAUUUGUAUCCGAAGAACUGUAGCUUUUCUCCCGCCUGUACAUUUCUUUAA